AACACAACUCCAGGAUACCCCAAAUUACAUGUUCCAGUGUGGUAACAGUCUGAUGAAUGUUUUAUGGUAAUGAACACAGACCUAAGUCUACCUAGCCACUUUUAAAAUACAUACGUUAAGACAUGAGUACCGACUGCUUGCUGUCGAAAUGGGCAAAUUCAUGAAACCUGGGAAAGUGAUGCUGGUCCUGGCUGGACGCUACUCCGGACACAAAGCCGUCAUCGUGAAGAACAUUGAUGAUGGCACCUCAGACGGCCCUUGCAGCCAUGCCCUGGUGCCUGGAAUUGACCGCUAUCCCCGAAAAGUGACAGCUGCCAUGGGCAAGAAGAAAAUCGCCAAGAGGUCAAAGAUCAAGUCCUUUGUGAAAGUUUAUAAUUACAAUCACCUCAUGCCCACAAGGUACUCUGUGGACAUCCCCUUGGAAAAAACAGUUGUCAACAAGGAUGUCUUUAGAGACCCAGCCCUGAAAUGCAAGGGCAGAGGGGAGGCCAAGGUCAAGUUUGAGGAAAGAUACAAGACAGGGAAGAACAAAUGGUUUUUCCAGAAGCUUCACUUUUAGGUAUAUUUUUUCCCCAUCAUUAAAAAAAAAA